GGUAGGAUUUCACUGAAUGGGCCUGACCGACACCAGCUCCCAUGUCGAUAAUACCAUAACACUCAACUUCUUUUUUGUUUUUAUCGUAAUAAGAAUCCAACGCUAUCAUUUCCCUACUUCUUCUAUUUCUUCUUCCAUUUUUCUGUUUUGUUGUGUGGGUUUUUUUGUUUGUUUGUUUGUUUUUACCUCGUAUGGAUUAUCCGACACCAAAAGGAAAUAAAAUGCCUGUCAAUUUUGAGACAUGUUGUCUGCGGACUCUACUGUUUGUGGAAACGCACAUGAGCCUUCAGAGACGCUGAAGGGAAGAACGUAAGUAGCUCUCCAGGGUGCUGAAGUUGUCUCCAAACGCCUCGACGAGCCUCCUGAGCUCUACCUGUCACUUGCAGCCCAUAAUCUUAACGCAAUGAGCGGGUUGCGUCUUCAUCUCAGCGACACCGGAGUGGAUAGGUGAGGAUCUGGGAUGAAGAGAGACGCGCAGAUCCGAGGAGGAACCCGUCAGAUUGUUUCAUCGGAUCCCGGAGAUGUUCAGAUGGUAGAGAAUACAUGGCAUCAUGGGUGUGAAAAAAACUUAAGCUAAUAGUGAAUAAGAUUAUUCACUACCUUGGAAAACCUGGAAGGACAAUGCAACAUAUUCCUCCAAAUGGUUGGGACUCCAACCAUCCAUGUGUGCCCAUAAUAAAGAGCAGACAGAGUUUACCGACGCUCCCCCUUUGUAACUUCCUGUUAUGGGUUCUGUUAGGGGUUCUUACGUUCCCCUGCUGCGUUCACUGUCUAAUCUUCAAAGUAGGAAUUUUGGGGCCUUGGAACUGCGACCCUGUUUACUACAGGGCCCUUCCCACCGCAGCGGCCAGGCUCGCUGUGAGCAGGAUCAACGGAGACCCCGGUCUGGAUCUAGGUCUAACAAUGGACUUCAUUGUCCUGCAGGAGCCUUGCGAAACCUCAAAAGCCCUCACGGCUUAUAUUUACUACGAUACUUCAGCGAACGCGUUUGUUGGCCCCACCAACCCGGGAUACUGCAUCGCUGCGUCCCUGCUGGCCAAGAACUGGGACAAGGCGCUGUUCUCCUUCAGCUGCAUCACCUACGAGCUGGAGCGCAUGACUGGACACCCAACUUUUGCACGGACAGUCCCCUUUCCCGUGGACGUGUUGUUCACCGUGUUUAAACACUUCAGGUGGGCCAGCUCCGCGGUGGUCUCCUCCAAUGAAGACAUCUGGAUAGACACCGCUGGGAGAGUGGCUGCUGACUUAAGGAGGAAGGGGCUUCCCGUGGGUCUGGUUACAGCCAUGGGUCUGAACGGUACGGAGGUAGAGAGCACGUUGAGGAAGAUCCAAAACGCAGGAGAAAUAAGGGUGAUCAUAAUGUGCAUGCACUCGAUCCUGGUUGGUGGGGAAUACCAGGCCACUUUUCUCACAAACGCGCACAAGAUGGGCAUGACUUCAGGAAAGUACGUGUUUGUGCCCUACGAUACUCUCCACUACAGCGUUCCCUACAGCAAUGUCUCCCACCUCGCUCUUCAAAACAACAGCCUUCUGAGGAAGGCCUACGACGCCGUCCUCACCAUCACUGUGGCCUCCGAGCUGCUGUCCUUCAACGAGGCAUUCACUGCAGCCAAGAGGAGCAAGGAGGUGACACUGCCAGUGGAGGCGGAGCAGGUUAAUCCUCUGUUUGGAACCAUCUACAACAGCAUAUAUCUGCUGGCUAGGUCCAUUCAUAAUGCCAGGAAAGCUGGCAUGCUUCUGUCAGGCUCAAAUCUGGCCUACUUCUCCAAGAACACAAGCUUCAACGGCUUCAACCAGAAGGUGCUGGUGGAUACAAGUGGGGAGGUUAAGACCAACUAUGUUAUCUUGGACUCCGACAGCAGGAGCAGUCAGCUUUACCAGGCCUACAUCGUGGACCUAAAGGCAGGAGAGCUUCGUUUUGCAGGAAGGUCUAUACAUUUCCCAGGAGGAUCACCUCCAACGGCCGACUCCCUCUGCUGGUUUGAUGAAAACGUCAUCUGCACCGGAGGUGUGGAGGUGUCUUACAUAAUAAUAGUAUUGGCUGUGAUCCUCAGUUUGGCUGUAGGAGGGCUGUUCAUAACUCUUUACAUCAGGAGGAGACUUCAACAAAUCCAGCUGAUCAAAGGUCCCAAUCGCAUCCUGCUGACUUUAGAAGAUCUCACUUUUAUUAAUCCUCAGCUUAGCAAAAAGAAAAUUACUUUAGAGGACCUGAGUGAGUCAAGGAGCGCAUUGGAUGAGAAGUCUGCAGACCCGUCCCACUCUGUUAACAGCAUGCAGACGGCAACGCACGAGAAUUCAAACGUCGCUGUGUAUGAGGGUGACUGGGUGUGGCUCAAGAAAUUUGAAGAGGGCCAAUUCAAGGAGAUGAAACAAAGCACAACAAAGAUUUUCACAAAGAUGAAGGACUUGAGGAAUGAGAACGUGAAUCCCUUCCUGGGCUUCUUCCUGGACUGCUUCAUGUUUGCUGUGGUGACAGAGCACUGCUCUCGGGGCAGUCUCCAGGACCUGCUGAGGAACGAAGAUGUAAAAUUAGACUGGAUGUUUAAGUCAUCACUUUUACUUGAUCUUAUCAAGGGUAUGAAAUAUCUCCACCACAGGGAUUUCCCCCACGGCAGACUUAAAUCUCGAAACUGUGUGGUGGACGGGCGCUUUGUUCUGAAGAUUACAGACUAUGGCUUCAAUGAGCUGCUGGAGUCUCAGAAAGCUUCCUUUGAAGAACCGCCACCUGAGGAGCUAUUCUGGACAGCCCCUGAGUUCCUGAGAGACCAUACAAAUUUCCGUAAAGGAACUUAUAAAGGAGAUGUUUAUAGUUUUUCUAUAAUUCUUCAGGAGGUGGUAGUGAGAGGGCCACCGUACUGCAUGCUGGAUUUACCCCCUGAAGAAAUCAUCCGUAAAGUAAAAAAACCUCCACCAAUGUGCCGUCCCACAGUCGCACCGGAUCAGGCUCCACUUGAAUGUAUUCAGCUAAUGAAGCAGUGCUGGAGCGAACAGCCUGACCGCAGACCAACUUUUGACGAGAUCUUUGACAGGUUCAAGAUCAUUAACAAAGGCAAGAAGACCAAUAUCAUUGACUCCAUGCUGAGAAUGCUGGAGCAGUACAGCUCUAAUCUGGAGGACCUCAUCAGAGAGAGAACAGAGGAGCUGGAGGUGGAAAAGCAGAGAACGGAGAAGCUGCUCUCUGAGAUGCUUCCACCUUCUGUUGCUGAGGCUCUUAAAACGGGCGCCUCAGUGGAGCCAGAGUACUUUGACCAGGUGACAAUCUACUUCAGUGACAUUGUGGGUUUCACCACCAUCUCCUCGCUCAGUGACCCCAUCGAAGUGGUUGACCUUCUGAAUGACCUCUACACGCUGUUUGAUGCUGUGCUCAGCAACCAUGAUGUUUACAAGGUGGAGACCAUUGGGGAUGCCUACAUGGUAGCAUCGGGUCUGCCUAAGAGGAAUGGCAACAAGCAUGCCGCAGAGAUCGCCAACAUGUCUCUGAACAUCCUCAGCUCAGUGGGCUCAUUCCACAUGCGACACAUGCCAGAUGUGCCCGUCAGGAUACGAAUAGGAAUUCACUCAGGGCCCUGUGUUGCUGGGGUUGUAGGACUGACCAUGCCUCGCUACUGCCUUUUUGGAGACACCGUCAACACUGCCUCUCGUAUGGAAUCCACUGGGCUGCCUUAUAGAAUCCAUGUAAAUUGUAGCACUGUGAAGAUCCUCCGUUCUCUUAAUGAUGGAUAUAAAAUAGAAGUUAGAGGCAAGACAGAGCUGAAGGGUAAAGGUAUAGAGGAGACAUACUGGCUUGUCGGGAAAACCAACUUUGCAAAACCUUUGCCAAAACCACCAGAAAUAAGACCAGGGGACAACUGGCAAGAGAUGGUGACAGAAGAGAUCAAGACUCAUUUCCGCAAGGCCAACAGGCAAGUGGACAAAAAAAUCUGAAUCAGUGAGAGGAAGAGGAGCAAAUAAAUCAAAGGACCUACAGAGGAGCAUAGGACGGAGGCAUCCAGAUGAAGAAAGAGAAGAAAAGCCAGGAGGAGCAAGCGCAGGGCUGAAAGCAGCACCCAGCCUCUCAAUGUGGCUUAAUGCAGACUUGUUUAAGAGGAUUGUUCAUCGACUGGCUAAUCUCCCUUCAGCCAGCACAGCAGAACAUGACGGUGCUAAUGUAAUGAGAAUGGUCACAUCACCUGGCUGCCUACCUGCUGCCAACAAGUACUCGCUCUUUAAUGAAGGUUGAACUCGUUCAAUCCUCUGAAAUCACUGGCCACUGCGUGGUCCACUACGUCAGGGCAACCGGAGGUUCAUCCAUCCAAAGACUGAACGCCCCAAACGCCUAUUUGAAACUGAAAUGUUUCAGUGAAAGCUGUUUUUAGUCAAGCUACAGAGUUGAGCCUGAUAUGUAGUGGUUUAUAUUAUUAUUAUUAUUAUGUGUUGUUAGCCAUCCAAAGCUGGAAGGCAACGGCUGCUAUUGUGUAAAAUCAACUAUUUAAAAAAAAAAAAAAAUCCUCCUUGCUAAUUUUAUUUGUUUGCAUUGGAGUGGACCAAGAUUGAAUUUGCACCCUCCAACAAGCUUUUUACAGUAACAACACUUAUUAUAGAUUACAGUAAAGAAAAAAUGAGAUCAGGUUUUGGAAGACACUGAAAGAAAAAUGAAAUAAAAAAAUAUUUUUCCAUAAAAUAGUGUUUACUGUGAAAUCUUGAGGUCCCUUAAUAAGACAAACGCUUUGCAAAGCUCAGCAAUGAUCUCCCAGAGAAAGCUGGUAUUGUAAGGCUUGAUGUCUGCACUUUAACGUUUCAGAAAAUUACCUAAUUGUUUAAGUGUUUUGUGAUUCUGUAAUGACAAGGACGUAACUUUUUAGGUUUUUUUUUCUUUUCUUAAAGUCUUGAUAGAUAUAAUCAGUGGUCUCAGAUACAUUUCCCAAAAUUACUUUGCUCAGUUAAUGGAUUUUUUUUUUUUUAAACCAAAUCACUUACGCUGAUUGGUGAGUUGCUUCUCCUCAGAAUAGUGGCCUGAUCAAGAGUCUUUGUGCCACUGAAGCAAGGUUAGAAAAAAACCUCCUCAUUCUUCUCAAGGAGCAAAUGUGAAAAAUUUGCCCGAAGUUAAUAAUCCUUCUUGGAAAAUGCUGCCUGUAGUUGCAGGGAACUUGUUGCUUCAGUAUAAAAUCACUUUUAUGCUUUUAUUAAGAGUAACACUCCUGCUCAAUUUGCAUCAGUCGUGCAGUUGGAAAAUGACUAAUUUAAAAAAGUGUUUUGAAACAAUGGUUUGGAUUUAAAGUUUCAAUAAGUUUCUCCUUUAUGUCAGGAAAACAUACAAAUACAAUUCAAUUUAAUGUGUCAGGUUUUUCUAAGAGAUUAGAUGGAUGUUAUCAAUGUCUUCUUUUGUUGAUAAAAGAAAGUAAAAACAAAAAUUAGUGACGAAAGAAGUAAUUUGCAAAAAAGAAGUAAAUAUGUUGAUUUGCCUAAGCCCUAACCUUGCAGCAGAUGUCAUUAUAAAUAAAUCUUCAACAAUACCUUUUUUUUUUUUCAAACCCCAACAAUCCUUGUAGGCUGAUGAGCUUCAUGUGCUUUAUUUAAAAAAAGAUGACAGCAAAGUCUGUGAUAAAUGUGUAUAGUGUGUAAUUAUCUGAAUGUUGUAUGUCUGAUCUAUUAUAACUGCAAUACACAGAAAAAUCUACAUGUAAAUAAUUACCAUACAAAUAAACCAUUGAUUUGUAUCACUUUGUCCACAUAAA